GUUCAUGGCUGGUCUGCGCAGACGCAGCAACCGCCUCCCCACCAGUUUGUUUACCUUAGCAACCAUGGCAGAGACGGUUCAAGAUGUUUCUGAAGCAGAUAAGCGACAUCUCGUUGAACUCGUCAAAGAACUCAGACGCUCCAAUGCGGUGCUACGGGCAGAAACUGAUAUGUAUGAGCGGUAUAUAAGCCGCUUGGACCCCAGGGACUUGGUUCCUCAGCCUUUAUCAGAUUCCCUGGGAGCAGCUGCAGCAUCACAGUUGGAGAUUGGAGGGGGCCGUGGGAGAAAGAUGAAAACACGGACAACGGCUCUGGAGCAGUUACAACGUCUGACAUUGGAGCAAAAGUGUGACGUGGCACAGAGAGAGUUAGAUGAAACCAAGGAGGACCUGGAGAAACUGAAGGAGAGCUCAGAGAGAGUGCUCCACAACUAUAAGGCAACUCUGGAGGAAGCAGAUAUUCGACUUGUGGAGGUCAAGAAAGCAAGUUAUGAGUUUGACCGUGAUGUCGCUAAGGUGUUGAGGGAGAAGAGAGGUGUCAUGAUGGGAGCAGAGAAGGUCAUUCGUUAUUUUGAGGACAGGAUGAGAGCAAAGGACACACUGGUUGAGAAGUUGCGGUUGAAGAAUGCAGCUCUCCAUGUGCAGAAGAGGAAGUUGCAGUUACAGCUACGACAGAAAGAGGAAAUGGGUGAAGCCCUGCACGAGGUGGAUUUCCAGCAGCUGAAGAUCGAGAACAGCCAGUAUCUCGAACGUAUUGAUGAAAGAAACCAGGACCUUCUGCGCCUAAAACUCCUGGCAGGAAACACCCUACAGGUUCUCAACUCCUACAAGAAGAAGCUGCAGAGCAUGACAUGUGAGUCAAAGCUGCUUAGUAGUGACAUCACCUCCCGUAAGGAGAUGCUGGUGAAGAUCGAGGAGGAGACUCUGCAGGCAGAAGAGGAGCGAGCCAAGGCAGAGACUCUUAACAGGAAGCUGCGAGGCCAGCUGGCAGAUUUCCGUGUUCCCCACGUGCUGCAAUACAUCACAGCUAAGGCCUCCCAUAGCCAGCUCGAGCAGAGUGUCCGAGCCUGGGAGCGAAAAGUUGAGAUCUCUGAGAACCAGAAAGUUCCUGAUUUCCAUGCCAUCCAUACAGAUGGCUCUGAAGACACACACCAAGACCUGGAACAAGCUGAAGGAAGCUGCAGGAGCAGGACCAGUCACAGCCCGGUGAACCUGGACAUGCUUCCUAAUAAAUCUAUUCUCUGCAAAUAUUCAAUCAUCCAAAGCAGUCAAAAAACAAUCAUAUAUCCGUCAGUCUCUUUUGUAAACUAGCUGAGAUAUGCCCUUAUAAAGUAACUCAUGUGUUUUAGCUGUUUUUAACUUGCAGCAUAUGGAAUAUUUGUAGAAUGGUUGAACAAUCAUGCCUUAAGUCAAAAUUGAACUUAUCGCUGAUAAAUCAUUCACUUUUUGAUAAAAACACCAAAUAUGUACCCUGAAAAGAUUUUAAUAUGGAGCCACCCCAGAUUUGACCUCUGGGGGGGUGUGGCAGCCAUUUUUUUUUAAAUGGCCCCCAACUAACAACAUUUUACAAUUCAGAAGGACUGCUUUGAGGUAAAGGCACCAACUUUGUCAUAGACCCUAGAUUUAUGGUCCCUGAAAAGAUCUUGAUAUGGAGCCACCACAGAUUUGGCCCCUGGGGGCUGUGGCGGCCAUCUUACAAAAUGGUUGCCGAUGGUAGCCUUAGAUACCCUUAAAAGAUUUAGAUAUGGCGCCACUGCAGAUUUGGCCCUGGCAGCCAUCUUACUAAAUGUCCCCAGACUGUACCACUAUUUUGCAAAUCAUUAAUCUACUAAAUGUCAUGGCCUAUACUUAUUUGACUUAAAAGUAAAGUACUUCUUGGCCUGGAUCUCCUGAAACACAAAAGGUUUAACAGUUACACACAGUAUAAUACAGGGAUCAACUAGAUUAAGCUGCAGACAAUUUUUUAUUGAACGGAUGGUCAAGGGGCCGGAACAUAAUUAUAAAUAAUUUGCAAAUUGACCGCAAGAAACCCAAACAGAUAUAACUAAAACAUAAUUUCAAUUCUUGCUUUCAUUUGUAUACGAUCACAUAUACCUCUCUAUUAUGUGUGGGAAUACUAUGGAACAGAUUUCAAAAAUUAAAAUCACUUAGAGCUAAUUUGCUGGUGUUUUUACAGUCUUUUAUGUCCAAAAAAUAAAAAUACUACAUAAUUUUUUUUUUUGUUGCUCAAAAACCUGGGAAGGGGCCAAAAAAAAGUUUGACCUGGGAAAUAUCCCAGCCAUUAAGUUGGAAUAGUUCACAAUUGUUGUGGACAAUUUUCUCAGUCAGACAAGAGCUUUAGCUGGCACACAUUAUCUUUUACUUUUAAAACUGUUUCCUUAACAAAAGUAUGACACUAGUUUUUCUAUUAGCAGUUUAAUAUAAUUUACUGCUAUUUCAUCAAAGUAAAGGCUAUGCAACAGUUUAGUAUACCAUGGACUUUUGGUGGUGAUUGUUGAUCUGAGAGACCCCCAAACCAUCAUUAGGGGUUCACAGCAAAGUUGUGAAACCUAUUGUUAUUCUUAGAUUUUAAAACAUUCCUUGACUUGGUCAAAUAACUCAUACAUAGAUUGGUAACUUUUUUUCUAAUUUGGCACACAGGAACUAGAGGCAAUAAGUAACUUGGUCAAAAUGUGUGACAAAACUGCACAUUUUAGAGUGGCCUUUUAAUGUCCCCAGCACAAGGUGCACCUGUGUAAUGAUCAUGCUAUUUAAUCAGCUUCUUGAUAUGCCACACCUGUCAGGUGGAUGGAUUAUCUUGGCAAAGGCAAAAUGCUCACUAACAGGGAUGUAAACAAAUUUGUGCACAAAAAUUGACAGAAAUAAGCUUUUUAUGCAUAUGGAAAAAUUCAGGGAUCCUUUAUUUCAUCUCAUGAAACAUGGGACCAACACUUUACAUGUUGGGUUUAUAUUUUUGUUUAGUAUAUUAACAAUUCAGGGUUUUUUUUACAAUGUAACACUAUUGCUUAAAAUAAUCUUGUCAUGGAAUAAGUGUGAUUCACUCCAAAUUUGGGCUCAUCACAAUGGUCCAUGAAGAGUUUGAAAAAUAAUGUUGAUGCAUUCAAAGAUGGCCAAACUAUACAAGUAGAUGCAUAUUAGCAAAUGUUUUAUUUAGACUCAUGAUUGCACAUAAAGGAAGAUAGUUCCUACAUGAUAGUGCUUGCUUUGUUAUCCAACUGGUCUUGUGUCCUUUGUUAUCCUGUGAACCUCAUUCAUUUCUGCUUGCAGCUAUAUUUUAAGAUAAUUACAGUGCAUUCGGAAAGUAUUCAGACCCCUUGAAUUUUUCCACAUUUUGUUACAUUACAGCCUUAUUCUAAAAUGCAUUAAAUAUUCCCCCCCCCCACUCAUCAAUCUACACACAAUACCCCAUAAUGACAAAGUGAAAACAGAUUUUUAGAAAUGUUUGCUAAUUUAUUAAAAAAAUAAAAAACAUUAAUACCUUAUAUUUACAUAAGUAUUCAGACCCCUUCCGUUGAGACUUGAAAUUGAGCUCAGGCGCAUCCUGUUUCCAUUGAUCAUCCUGAAGAUGUUUCUACAACUUGAUUGGACUCCGCCUUUAGUAAAUUCAAUUGAUUGGACAUGAUUUGAAAAGGCACACAGAAAUAGAAAGCAUCAACUGAAUGUUAAAUGUGUUUCCUGUCAGGUAUUUUAAUUUUCUGUAUUGUCUACUUGUUGAAUGUUUGUCUUUAUUUGUGGUUGUUUGUAAUGUCUUGAUAAUUGGUGUUGGACCCCAGGAAGAUUAGCUAGCGUCACAGCGUUAGCUAAUGGGGAUCCUAAUAAAAAUUACAACCUGGACUACAUAAGGUUCCACAGUUGACAGUGCACAUCAGAGCAAAAACCAAGCCAUGAGGUCGAAGGAAUUGUCCAUAGAGCUCAGAGACAGGAUUGUGUUGAGGCACAGAACUGGGGAAGGACACCAAAACAUUUCUGCAGCAUUGAAAGUUUAAGAAAAUAGUGGCCUUCAUCAUUCUUUAAUGGAAGAAGUUUGGAACCACCAAGACUCUUCCUAGAGCUGAGCAAUCGGGGGAGAAGGGCCUUGGUCAGGGAGGUGACCAAGAACCCACUUGUCAAUCUGACAGAGCUCCAGAGUUCCUCUGUGGAGAUGGGAGAACCUUCCAGAAGGACAACCAAAGUUUCUAAAAACCUGUUUUUGCUUUGUCAUUAUGGGGUAUUGUGUGUAGAUUGACGAGGGGAAAAAAACAAUUUAAUCACUUUUAGAAUAAGGCUGUAACGUAACAAAAUGUGGAAAAAGUCAAGGGGUCUGAAUACUUUCCCGAAUACACUGUAUUAUUGGAUCAGUGGAGCAAAGCAGAAUAUCAAAAGAGAUGAGCACAGAAUCAAAAGCACUGUAACUAAGCAGCUAACUUACUAUUGUCUACUAAACAAAAUCUUGUGGCUUUGGACCUGACCAGACAGCUUGUAUUCAAUUGUAUGCUGUACAAUGUACAUCAACCAAUGCCAUAUAUGAACCAAUAGCAGGUAUGUUACCAAAACAUUGGGAGAUGUACACAAGAAUCUCUAAACUAUAACAUACAGUACAACAUCUUGCCUAAUUGGGGUCAAAUGCAUUUAAGAAUGCUGCCAGACCUUUUCAUUGUACAUACAUUCAUCUCUGUACUAAAGUUGUGUUUCUCUAACAAAAAAAGCCUUCAGAACUGUAAAGUAUUACCAAUAGUGGCCAUUUUGUAAGAUGGCCGUCACAGCCCCAGGGGCCAAAUCUGUAGUGGCUCCAUAUCUAAGCCUGAUCUUAAAUUUGGAGCCUCUCUCUUAAAAUAGUCAUUGUAAAAUAUUGGUACUGCUAGGUAGUCAUUUUCAAAGAUGGAUGCCACAGCCCCCAGGGACCAAAUCUGUGGUGGCUCCGCAUCAAAAUAUUUUCAGGCUACAUAAAUCUACUCUGCCAAAUGCAUUUCUCAAAAUAGUCCUUCUGAACUGUAAAAUAGUUAGUCGGCAGCCAUGUUGUGAGAUGGCCAAAAUCUGGGGUGGCUCCACAUCUAAAUCUUUUCAGCUCUGACUAAUUUGGUGCCUUUACCACAAAGCAAUCCUCUAUAUAAAUUGUAUAUUAGGCCAUUUAGAAAAAAUAUUUUCAGGGUAUACACAUCUACAGCUGUACCAAAUUGGUUGCUUUUAUCACAAAAUGAACGUAACAUUUUGCAGCAUAACCACUGUACUAUUGACAGACUAUGUAAACAAAUAGCAUCUGACCGAAUUAUGCAAGAUUUUGGUUCUGGGUUAACAGAGAUUACAAUUAACUACAAAAUGAGUGUUAUAUUUGUACAUUACAUUAUCAAUGGUAAGUGCAGUGUAUUUCUUCUGGGUGGCAUAAAGGACAUGUUAUAGUCUGUAUUUAAGCAAGCAUUACACACCCUAUUACAAAUGAGAAAAUGUGAUUUUACUGAAUGUACACAUCGUCAUAUUGUUUAACUACCUAAUCUACAUACUUAAAAAUCCUGAAAGAAUUCAUGCCAGUCCCCUCUGCAAUUAAACAUACAUGACACCC